AUGCACCCAUCCAUCCAUCCUCCUCCCCCUAUCUCCCCCAAGCUUUUGAUUGAUAAAAAUUUUCGCGUCCUUUGGUUUUCCUUUUUUUUCUCCUUUUUCUUUGUACUGACCGUGUCUACCGGUGGAGACGAUGGAGAGCUUCUGGGGCCCGAUGGAGUAGAGCCACGGGUCAAACAUGGUCUAUCGAGCAAGUCCACAAGCGCGCGUGUAGCGUGUGAGCCCGCUGUCCGUAUUCCUGUGUAUUACUGGUUGCUUUCUGUCGUCUCUUCUGGUGGGCGCGGCUGUCUGUUGCUUCCACCAGUGGGACAUUUCUGCCAGUGGCCGCCGGUUGCCAGUUGCCAGUUGCCAGCCGCCCAUUUUCCUUCCACUGGCGGGUCCAUUUAUCUUACUGGUAGGAGCCAUUUAUCCCACUGGUCGGACAUUUGCUUCCUGUUGCUUCCUGUUGCUUCUGCCGGGGAACCCGAUGGUUCCAUUUCUGCCGCAAAAUGGUCGGCUAUGUCGUGUCCUCAAGACACCUUGUCAAAAGCCGAUAAGGCUCACCAGAAGCCCAACAUGGGCGCCUCGAAAAAGGCCACACCGGGCCAUAAGAAAGGCCAAAGUAUGCGCCAGAGCAAAGACCAAUCCGGUCCACAAAACAGGCCAAUGCUCCAAGUGCGCACCAGAGAAAGGGCAAGCCGGCCCACAAGAAAGGUCAAAGUAGGCGCCAGAGCAAACAUCAAUCCGGCCCACAAGAAAGGCUAA